AUGGAUUCGAGCAGCAAGCGUACUCUUCUUCCGAUGUCUGGGAGUGGCAACGGUUCCAAAGGACAGAAGAUUCAUCUUCUUACUAACCACUUUAAAGUCGACUUCACCAGACCAAACAGUCGAUAUUUCUACCAUUACAACGUUGCUAUUACGUAUGAAGAUGGCAGUCCAGUUGAUUCCAAGGGUGUUGGCAGAAAGAUUCUUGAUAACGUUAAAAAUAAUUAUCCAACUGAUUUAGGUUCCAAACACUUUGCUUACGAUGGCGAGAGGAAUCUCUUCACCAUCGGUGCUCUUCCUAGCCCCCAGCUAGACUUCUCUGUUGUUCUUGUAGACAUGUAUUCUAGCAGAAAUGCUGGGAACAACGAUGGGGACAGUAAAAGAUUAAGGCGUCCUAACCGAUCCAAGAACUACAAGGUUUCAAUCACCUUUGCUGCAAAAAUCCCAAUCCAAGCUAUUCAAGGAAAUGAUACAAAUCACUUUCAAGAAGCUAUAAGAGUGCUGGAUGUCAUCUUGCGCCAUAACGCAGCUAGACAAGGUUGCCUCCUUCUUCGUCAGUCAUCAUUUCACAAUGACGCAAAAUUCUUCACCAAUAUUGGUGAAGGUGUCGACUGUCUCAAAGGCUUCCAUGCGAGCUUCAAAAAUACUCAAGGAGGCUUAGCCCUCAAUAUUGAUGUUACGAAUACCUUGACAGUGACUCCUGGUCCUGUCCUCGACUUCCUCGUUGCAACCCAAGGUAGAGAUAGAAUCUCUAUCGACUGGAAAAGGGCAAAAAGUACUCUUAGAAACCUCAGAAUCAAAGUCGUCACGACAAAUAGAGAGUACAAAAUUACCGGACUAAGCGGACUACGCUGCAAAUAUCAAAAGUUUCUUUGGAAGCGAAAGAACGAAAACGGGGAAGUUGAGGAGGAUGAGAUUACAGUGUAUAAUUACUUCACUCAAUUCCUUAAAAUCAAUCUGGAUGAGUCAGGUGACUUUCCUUGCAUCAAUAUUAGUAAGCCCAAUCGUCCUCCUACUUACAUUCCGAUUGAGCACUGUGAGCUUGUUUCUCUACAACGCUAUACAAAGGCUCUUACCAUUUCUCAGAAGACUAACCUAGUCAACAAAUCUAGACUAAGGCCACAAGAAAAUAGGAAUAUGUUAACCAAUGCACUGGGGAACAAUAAAUAUAAUGAAGAUCCAAUGCUGCAAGAAUGUGGUGUGAGAAUUGGCUCUGAGUUCACUCGAGUGGAAGGCCGCAUUCUACCAACACCAAAUCUAAAAGUGGGCAACGGAGAUGACAUAUUUCCUAGAAAUGGACGUUGGAACUUCAACAAUAAGAAAAUUGCUGAGCCAGCCACAGUCACUAAAUGGGCUGUUGUGAACUUCUCUGCUCAGUGCGAGCCGCAUAAGAUUGUUCGUGAUUUGGUCAGAUGUGGAAAAUCAAAAGGAAUUAACAUAGAUUUUCCAUUUCAUACUGUCUUUGAAGAAAACCCUAAGUUGAAGAAUGAACCUGCUUCUGUAAGAGUUGAGAAGAUGGUUGAACAAAUGACAUCGGGACUCCCAGGUCCUUGGAAGAAGAAAAUUCUUGUUGAAUUUGGAAUCGUCACGCAGUGUUUUUCUCCUCCCAACAAUGUCAACGAUCACUAUCUCACAAAUCUUCUCCUCAAGAUAAAUGUCAAGCUUGGUGGAUCGAAUUCACUGUUGGCUGUGGAGCGGUCACGAGGAAUGCCAUCUGUAAUGAGAGUUCCAACCAUGAUUAUUGGGAUGGAUGUAUCUCAUGGCUCCCCACUGUCUGAUGCACCAUCAAUUGCCGCGGUUGUGAGCUCGAGAGAAUGGCCACUGAUCUCAAAAUACAGGGCUUGUGUGCGUACACAGUCGCCUAAAGUUGAAUUGAUUGAUAAUCUCUUUAACCCUGUCUCUGAGAAAGAUGAUGAUGGUAUUAUGAGGGAGCUUUUGUAUGACUUUAAGUCAUGUUCUAAUAGGAAACCCCAGCACAUAAUCAUUUUCAGGGAUGGUGUGAGUGAAUCUCAGUUUAACCAAGUUCUUAAUAUUGAGCUGGAUCAGAUGAAGCAAGCGUGCAAGUUCCUCGAGGAGGCAUGGCAUCCCAAGUUUACAGUGAUCAUUGCUCAGAAAAACCACCACACCAAGUUCUUCCAGACCCGUAGACCUGAUCAAAAUGUUGAUCCAGGAACAAUAAUUGACACCAAGAUCUGUCACCCACUCAACAACGACUUCUUUCUUUGUGCUCAUGCUGGAAUGAUGGGAACAACAAGGCCAGUGCAUUACCAUGUGCUGUACGACGAGGUUGGGUUUUCCACAGAUGACCUCCAAGAACUUGUCCACUCUUUGUCCUAUGUCUUCCAGCGGAGCACAACUGCCAUCUCUGUAGUUGCGCCGGUACGUUAUGCUCAUUUGGCGGCUGUGCAGAUGGGAAGUGUGAUGAAAUCUCAGGACUCGUCCGUGGCUUCAUCGAGCCAUGUUGGUGUCACGACUUCUGGAGAAGUCCCUAUGCCUCUCAUGCCAAAGCUGAACGAGAGAGUUGCUACAUCAAUGUUCUUCUGCUGA